ACCUUUAAAAUAAAUGCGGAAGUGAAUGUUGUUUGGAGAUAAUCAACAUGAACUGGGUCUGUUGUCUUAUUUUCUCUGCUAUUAACGUGUUCUUUUGAAAUACCGCCGGUUCGUUCUCUUACCAAUUUGUUAUUAUCUCAUCACCUGCGUUAGAAGCGGUCCGAUAGCACUGCUGGGUGCACAUGCAGUCUUUAGUGGCCGGCUUUCAUGUUGAAAAAAAAAUGAAUUAUUUCCAUAGUAGAGCAACGUUCUCCUUUUUGCAAAAUGAAGACGACGCUCGUGCAGUCGAACAUGCAGUUAGAACAGCGAUACAUACUGUUGUGAGUGUUAUUUCUACUAUCAACAGUGCCAAAAUACAAGAAUAUCAAAGUAAGUUGGCCGAGAAGGACAAAGAAAACGAAACGCUGAAACGCAAAGUUAAAACAGCAGAACGAGAGAUCACAGCAUUGCGAGGCUCCUUUGAAUUUUCUGGAAAUGAAUGUCAUCAAGUCAGGUCAAGCACUUAUACACUUUCACCAGAAAUGCAAAGAGGGAAACCAAUUUGCCAUGAAAACGAGGUGUCAAGCAGAGCUGAUUGGAGAAUAGAUUUCCCCAGUCUUGGUGGAAGGACUCCUCCACAGGUUUUUUCCCCGUGCAAAGUCACAGCUGUUCCCACUGGGGCAUCAACUAUUUAUAUGUCCCAUCACCAGAACCCUUCCUCCCAUUCUGCAGAAGAGUCUGGGCUUUUAGCAGAGCGAACCAGAGGCCAGUCCCCAUCACCCAGUCCAGUCACCAGACCAGUGAUAAAAGAGGAGCCCUCUGACAUUGAGACAUUCUACAUUAAAUGGGAGAUGAGUGAGGAGGGCAUUGGGGAGCAACGGGAAGGCCUAGGCCUGACACACGUCCUGGGAAAAGAGUACGAUGCCCAGCAGAGGGGUGGAACGCCAACCAUGCAAAGAGAUGGAACUCACCCUGUUGCUGGUAGCCAGAGUGGACAUGAGUAUGGGGAGAGACCAGCCAGGCAUCUGAAAAAUAGGCUGUCAAGCGCAGAGACACAGCGGAGGUUCAGAGAGCGAGUCCGUGCUGACCCUGAGAAGUUCCGGGCCUACAAGGAGAAGGAACGACGCAGGAAUCAGCAGAGGAAGGUGUCGAUAUCAGAUUUACCUGAAGAAACCCGCAGAUUGAAGAGAGAGGCCUGGAGAGAAGCAUCCAGACGAUGUCGUGCCCGCAAAAUGUCCUCCCUCCAGACGAACCUCACACAGCCCUGCCACCUCCCCCAGGACACAGAGACACCUGGGUGGACUAGGGGACACUGCAGGGGCAGGCAGUAGGGUAGAAUUCGGUGGGGGGGGGAUUAGGCCUGCACAGAUGAGUUUAGGCCUGCACAGAUGAGUUUAGGCUACUGAACAAAGAUGGGGAUCAUAAUUGUUGAUAUCUCCUUUGUUGAGGGAAUGAUUUCGGUAUCAUAUUCUAACAAUCCAGUUAUUCAAUGAAUUGGUUGGGGCUGUUAAUGUUGUAUGUUAUUUUUUUUUAGAAAUGUCAAUAAAUUAGUUCAUUGUA